AUGGCCUUCAGUCCUAUCCCAUUCCCAUGGCCCCAUGGGACUUACGACUCCCAUGCACAGGUCUACCGAAGGGUGACCAAACCCAUCCUCCACGAAGUUUCUCUGAUCGUGCAGCCCGAGCUGAUAGCGAAAAUCCUCAGUAUUGACUAUAUUCGGAUGCACGAUUUCGAUUCUCGUAACUCUAGGACCAAAUAUUCUUUGCAGGAUUAG